GGGGCCGCGCGCCGGGGCCACCAACCCGCCCAGGGGACAGCGGAGAUGGCAGCGGUGGCGGCGGCCAGGUGCCACCCCGCUCGGCCGCUGUCCCCUCGAGGUGACACCAGCGAGGACGAUGACGCCGCCGCCCCCGCUGCCACCGCCGCCUUGGGGACAGCGCGGGGACGUUACUUCGGCUACGCCCGCACCGUGGUGGCCCCGGCGAUGGCGGCCCCGGGGGUGGCCCUGUCCCCCGCGUCCCCCGCGUCCUCGCUCCCCGCGUCCCCCGUGUCCCCGUGUCCCCGCAUCCAGCAGCUGGACGGGGCCGACGAUGGCGCCCGGGGGACAAUGGGGACAGCGCCACCGCCGGGGCCACCGCCGGGGCCGCCCAAUGCCGAGGGGCUGCCACCGGACAUCGUGGAGUUCGUGCUGCGUGGGGUCACUGGGGACACUGGGGACAGUGCCACCACCAACGGGGACACCAGUGCCACCACCAACGGGGACACGGCUGUCACCAACGGAGCCUGGCAGGGACAGCACCUUGGGGACAUUGCCGAGAGCCACCACCUUGGAGAUGUCACCAAGAGCCACCAGCUUGGGGACAUCGGGCAGGGACAUCACCCUGGAGAUGUCACCAAGAGCCACCAGCCUGGGGACAUCACCGAGAGCCACCACCUUGGGGACGUGUCCCAGGGCCACCACCAUGUCAGGAACGCGCAGGGCCACCACCUUGGGGACAUCGGUCAAGGCCACCAGCUUGGGGACAUUGGACAGGGACAGCAGCUUGGGGACAUCGGUCAAAGCCACCACCUUGGAGAUGUCGCCAAGAGCCACCACCUUGGGGACAUUGGUCAAGGCCAUGGCUUUGGGGACAUUGAUCAAAGCCACCACCUUGGGGACAUUGCUCAGGGCCACCAGCUUGGGGACAUCAGCCAAGGCCACCACCUUGGGGACGUGUCCCAGGGCCACCACCAUGUCAGGAACACGCAGGGCCACCAGCUUGGGGACAUUGCCAAGAGCCACCAGCUUGGGGACAUCGGUCGAAGCCACCACCCUGGGGACAUUGGCCAAGGCCACCACCCUGGGGACAUCAGCCAGGGCCACCAGCUUGGGGACAUCUCUCAGGGCCACCCUCUGGGUGUCACCGCCCCCAACGGCCACGGGGACGCCUUGGGGACACCUUGGGGACAUCCCAAGCGGCCGGGGGAGGGGACGGGGCCGGGGACGAAGAGGCCGCGGCUGGAACUGGACACGGGGGACAGCGGGUGA